AGGCGUAUACAUUUGUUUAAGCACGAACGUCGUCGGGAGCUGUCGGUGCGUUUUUGAACUGUUGUGGCGCUGAAAUAACACAGUUUAAUAAUAUUUUUCUUCAUUUUAUUCAAUUCUAUUCUAGCCAAGAUGACGCUCAACCCCCAAUAUUUACAAAUUGGUGAAACUUUUGUCAAACAGUACUACGCCAUAUUUGACGGAGACCGAACUGGGAGAGAAAAACUUGCUAACUUUUAUCACGCUGAAUUUUCCCUGAUGUCCUUUGAGGGAGUGCAAGUUCAAGGAGCUGUUCAAAUUAUGGAAAAAAUUAAGGCGCUGACAUUUCAAAAGAUAGCCCGUGUGAUCACCACUGUGGACUGCCAACCAAUGUUUGAUGGUGGAGUUCUAAUUAAUGUUCUUGGGCAACUCAAGAUGGACGAAGACCCUGUCCAUGGGUUUUCUCAAACCUUCUGUCUGAAACCAUUGGGUGACUCCUUCUUCAUUCAGCACGACAGUUUUCGGCUAGUGAUCCACAACCAAUAACCUGGCUCCUUAUUUCAUCUGUAUGCUGCACAUCCCUAUAGCAAUUAUUUUUUACACUUAUUUGCUUGUGGGAAGUUGGAAGGCGUGCAGGUAAAAUUAUCACCUGUUACCGUGUAAUCCAGUUCAUUUGGCCGGUUAGCUUAUCAAAAUGGAAGUAUAUCAAAGCAUAUUUUACCCGUCAACAUUUUAUUUGGGUCAAAUUAGUUGCGGUAUUACAACCUAGUUUGCUAAUCUUGGUUUGUACUAAAUCUUGAGCCUCUCAUUAGUUGCCUGUGCCGAUCAAUUUACCAGUUUUAUUAUCAGAAAAACUUAUUGCCACCAAAUCCCAUACGCCUUUAACAAUGUAUUACUUAUACCCUAAACUGCCCACUAAUCUGCUACUGCAACCAUCAAUUGUAAUAAUUAAUUUUCUCGUUCCUGGUGAGGUUUUUCAAUUCGGUUUUGCUUCGUGUCUGUUAGGUAGGUAGAUGUUGCUGAGCUUACUGAAGUGUUGAAAAUAGCUGCGAGACUGUGAUGGGUAUGCUUGUAUCUUAACAAGUGUUGGGUUCGUAGGCUGACAUUAGUACUGCAGCCACUUUUUUCAGACGUUCUUAUUGGAAAAUGUAAACGUUUAAUCUUUGAUAGGACAUUACGUCCUGCACGACUUCAGUGCUGCAUCAUUCACAUUGUGCGGCUGUGAACCGCUUCAGCUUGCAGUCGGAUGAUGUAACCUCAUUUAAACAUAGGUCUAUUAAGUGUUGCUAGACGUACGUGUGAAGGUAGUCCUAGAAUUAUCAGCUAUACCAAUAAUUAGGCAGUAACUCGAGCUGAAUGUACUACUCAAUGCUGUGAAAUGAAUACUUUUACUUAUGACAUAAGGAACAAGAUCUUGAUGUUUCAGUGCUUUGUAUGCGGCUAAGACCAAUGGAAGAUUUGAUUUUCUAACGCGUUUGUAUGUGCUAGAUACAGAUAAAGAAGUCCUGUAGAGUUGAUUGGUUUGCUUGUUGAUCGAUCAGCUUAUUUCUCUACAUUUUCCUCCAUUGUUCGGCACACUACGUUGACAGCUCAUGUAAUCACCGUAAUUCAUUAGGCACACUUUCCAUAUUCAAAAGGUUGAAUUAUUACUUCUAAUCUGUUUAAGUAUCAUUUUUUCUUAAAUCGCAUGAAUGCUGACACUGUGCGCGCCUUUAAUUGAUCAUUUGCUUGAGUGAUAUGCUAGAUUUUUAUUUCACCUUGAUCUUCAUUCUACUCGGUGUUCCUGAUUAAACUUUAUUAACUUGAUCGUCUGUUUCUUGUUAGCUAAUUAGUUGCUUUAGAAAUUCAGAAUAUUGGAAGUGAGAGAUCAAAUCAUUUAAAAAGGUAUGAUAAACCUUCAUGUGGAUUAUUUACUUUGGCGAGCUUAUGUCGCGACUUGAUAAAUUGACCUGUUGUUGUAAUUGAGUAUUUUUUAGGCAUUAAAUGAAAAAAAAUUAGAGUCGUCGCCAACCAGACCAGCAAAACCACUCUUUUAUCAUAACGCGAAUUUCUCAUUUCAUUUGAAUAGCUUACUCGUUCUUAUCCUUGAUCCAUAGGUGUCUUGUGUUGUGAAGCAUUGUUCCUCCUGUCUUUGAAAAUGGAUCUUAACGAGCGUUCAGUCUUAUCAUAGAAAAAGAUGUAGCGGUGGCUUUAAUAAUAAUUUGUAGGAAAGUCGUGCAAAUUUGAAGACGUUUCAAAAUUUUCCAUUACUUAUAAUCUUACCUGGGAUUUCAGGUUUGUGUGGCUGACGUUCAUAAUGUCUGGCACUAUUGUGGCCUAAGCUGUUUGCUUCAUUUACUUACUAACAUUUGUCACCCUUAAUAUUGCCGCAUAAUUGACUGGAAACUACGAUUGCUCGCUGGUGCUAUUAGUCCCUUUUUUCUUCAACGUUCACUCCGGUGUUUUGUGUGAGAAGUCCUGAAAUGAUAGUUAAAUUCUGCUUGAUUGAUUAUACCGGAAAUCACUUUGUA